AUGGAACGUUUGAGGCAACAGAUCGAUACGAUCGCUCGGUUUCUCGAACCAAACGCCGCUUUCAUCAACUGCCACAUGGUGGACUAUCUUACCGAACAGCACUGGGAUCGGUAUGUGCCGAAACCGAUCCAGAGUGAGCUAUUAUCGGUGGAAGACUAUCUUCGAGCUAAACAUGUGUUCUGGGGUCAGUUCGAUCAACCUUCCGAUAGCGUGAGCGACGAGCUUCCCGCUGUGAAAGCGUUUAUCGAAGAAACGCGAAAAUAUCGUUUAGAAGGCAGUGAAGUCCAGGGCACAGCGCUGACGCUAGCAGAGUUCCAAAAUGCGCUGGAAAAAUGUCGUAAAGAGACGCGACUGAAAAUGACCGAGCUAAUGAAUGUGAAGAAAUGCCACGAAGUUGAAAUCGCGGCCGCUGUAGUUGCCUCGCUGUGUACGGCCGUGGCUUCGGGUUUACCCAACGGUACUCAGGACGAUAUACUGGUGAUCGAUGCCGGUGAUGGUAAGGGUUACCUCUCGUCCCGGAUUGCAGUAGAGCAUGGUAUCAAGGUACUGGGAGUGGACUGUAACGAAGAGAACACUAGCAACGCCGAGAAGCGUCGUGAUCGAUUGAAGACAAAGAUCCCGAAAGCCGUGAAAAAGGCAAACCUCGAGGAGGAUGAACACUUCACCAACCUGCUACAGGGAGAUACGCUGGAAACGCUCUACCGAACAACUACUCAACUGAUCGAUUUCGAAACCGAUCUUAUCGCGCUGGCAAAGCACCAUUUUCCUGCCGACAAUCACCGCACGUUCUGUCUGUGCGGUCUACACACGUGCGGCAAUUUGGGUCCCAAUUGUCUUCGUCUUUUCCAUCAAAACCGAACGAUCGCUAGUAUAAUGAACGUUGGCUGCUGCUACCACCUGAUGCGGGAAGAGUUUGUGAUGGAUGAUUUCUACAAUCCAGCUAAAAUCUCCGAUAACCCGGGGUACGGUUUUCCAAUGAGUUCGUAUCUACGGAACCGCCAGUUCGCUAUCGGGCGUAAUGCAAGAAAUUUGGCUUCCGAGUCAAUCGAACGUGCCUGCAUUAAUCGAGAGAAUCCUAGCGACAAGCUUGGGUACCGAGCGCUGUUGCAGAUUGUAUUGCUUCAGUAUGGCCAGAAGAAAUCGCUCCAAGUUGGACGGCUCAAGAGCGGUGACUUCAUCGAUUACGUCCGCAAAUCCGUUCGACGGUUGGGGUUGGAAGGUCGCGUGACGAUCAGUGAUGAUAGUUUGGUCGAGCUGGAAACACGCUUUUCGACAGAGCUGGAGCAGCUGAAGGUGUUCUAUUUGAUACGGCAACAAUUUGCACCGGUCGUUGAGACGUUGAUACUGUUGGAUCGGUUGCUGUUUCUACGAGAAUGCGGAUACGAGCGAAGCUUUUUAGUGAAGUUGUUCCAACCCGUCGUUUCACCGCGUUGUUAUGCCUUGAUAGCAAUGAAAUAAAGAUAUGUGCUAUUUAAAUUUCGUUUAACAGCAGCUAGUUCAUUGAUAAAUUGGUUUUUGCGAAAGAAUAAAACUAUUUCGAGGAGGGAGGAAGGAGUCAGUACAAAAUAUCUUCC